AUGACCGCGCAAACAGUUGCUGCAGCAUUCAUCGACGGCUGGGUAGCACGCUUUAGCACACCUACCGUUAUCAUUACUGAUCAAGGCAAACAAUUCGAGGCUAGUCUUUUCCAAGCAUUCUCGAAAUUCCUGGGCAGCAAGAAGACCAGAACGUCUUCUUAUUAUCCAGCGUCAAAUGUACUGCUAGGCCUUCACACAUGCCUGAAAGAAGACCUGAAAUGCUCUCCAGCGGAGUUAGUCUAUGGCGCACCGCUGAGAGUACCAGGAGAAUUUCUAGAAAACCGAGAUCCUACAGAAGACACGGAGACCUUCGUCAUAGCUCUUCGCAAACGCAUACGACAACUCCUUCCACAACCAACGCAACACCAUGGAAAACGGACAGCCUUCCGACAACAGCAAUUAGAACAGGCCACACAUGUUUUCGUCAAGGAAGACGGCAUCUGA